GUGCUGGUCUGAUCCUCCGACAGCGGCUUCAGCGCGGACGUUAAUCAGAGCACCAUCAAGGACUGCCGCCCUCGCCAAUCAUGAAGCAGACAAGUUCGAAUUGCCGCGCCGAUCCUUCUUCGCGCAGGAUUCCUUGCCUCGGUUGCAAUUGCUGCCGCUCCCUUUGCGCUCGCGCGUGAGGAGCACGUUCUCCUCCUUCCACGAAUCGCUAUUACGCACACAUCACGAACCUUUCGCCCACACCGUUGCUGCUGCUGAGGUCAGAGGACGGAGAUGUGAGCAGCUGUCCUUCACGACGAGUGACGCGCUGUCCGCGAGUGACGCGCACAGCGGCGACGUGUGCACGCCGACCAUGAUCGAGUUGCCGCGGGAAUCCACGGACAUCUCCAGUGCCUUCGUCGCUCUGUCGCGCAAGUCCGCGCUCGCGCAUCGGACGCCCUUUCUGCCGCCCGUGCAGCAUCACGCUGUUCCCUUUUCUCACGAAUGGGCCUCCGUCGUCAUCAUUCGCGACCCCGCCAAGCGCGCGCAUGCCGCUGCAAUGAGCAGCAGCCCCAGCAUGACUGCGAGGCCGAGGAAGCCCUUCAACACGAAGACGAGCGCCAGCGUCGCCCCUAGGCAGAACGCGAAGUCGAGCGGCGCCGCGAGCAAGAGCAAGACACUGCGCGCAAGGCCUUCCUCGAGCUCGAGAUCGAGCAUGCAACAUCCGAGCGGCAGCAGCGCAAACAUCGGGCACGGGAAGCAGGAGAGCACAGCGCGCGAGAUCUCGGGUCGCAAGCGGCUCGGCCGGCUAAGGCGGCAGGAGGAGCACCGACGGCUCAAGCAGUAG